CUAAACUUAGCACAGAUGGAAAAUUCCCAUUGUGAUGAGAGCCAGUUGCUGCAGGAGAGUCCUUCAGGGGAUGUGCUGGGCGCCCUGUUGUUUGAGAGACCAAAGAACAACAGGAAAUGGCCGUUUUCUGACCAGGAGCAGAACACACCACCCCAUGGAGGAUUUUUCAACCUCAUUUCCCUAGGUCCACUCUGUGCAGCAGGACCCUCCAUUGUGACUCCCCCCAAGGAUAUCUGGAAUGUCACUGGAGCGCAGAUUUACCUGAGCUGUGAAGUCCUGGGAAUCCCAACCCCGGUGCUCAUCUGGAAUAAGAUAAUACGGGGACAAUACGGUGUCCAGCGGAUGGAGCUCCUGCCUGGGGACCGUGAGAACUUGGCUAUCCAGACCCGUGGUGGGCCUGAAAAGCAUGAAGUGACUGGCUGGGUGCUGAUCUCUCCUUUGAGUAAAGAAGAUGCUGGGGAAUAUGAGUGUCAUGCAUCAAACUCGAAGGGAGAAGCUACAGCCUCUGCAAAAAUCACUGUUGCUGAUGCCCUACAUGAAAUACCUAUAACAAAAGAUGAUGGUGCAGAGCUGUGACACAGAGGACUGUAUCAUUCAUGCACAGUUUAAGUUAGCAAUUUGGAAAGCUGCAGUCACUAGGCUUUUCCAGCGCAAUAAUCAGUUCCCUGUCCCCAUUCAUUCAGCCUUCUAAUAUUGUUUUGCUUUCACACUUUUUGCAAACAUACAAAUAAACAGGAUUCACAAUGGA